AUGAAUCACAUAGCAGAGAUUGAUAUGUACGAGCUUUUUGCUUUCAAACAUUGCAAGGGAAGGAAGGUUAAGCUUGCUCUUUGUGAGGGUAAUUUGUACAUUGGUCACCUAAAGCAAAAGGGAAAAGCAAAGUUUGGUGCGACUUUCCAGCAGUGGCAAACUGAUGCGGCAAAUUUUAAUAUUGAUGGUCAUUAUCCAGUGAGGGAGUUGUGGGAUCGUGCUAGAAGCUGCUGGACCAAAAUCUUAACUCACGAAAGCAUGUUUGUUCUUGUGGUUGCUCACAAUGCUGUUAAUCAGGCCCUCGUUGCAACAGCGAUUGGCUUAGGCACCGAGUAUUUCAGGAUUUUACUGCAGAGCAAUUGUGGUGUGACUGUGCUGGAUUUCACCCCACGACUAGAGGGUGGGUCUCCAUAUAUAUGUCUUAAUCGCUUAAAUCAGACCCCAAAUUCACCUAUUGCAGCUGGAAGUUCUGGGGGAAGAAAAACCAGUAAUCGGAUAAUUCUUGUUUGUCAUGGAUCCUCACAGAGUGGCUCAGAGGUAUGAAAUGAUGUUUAAUGAGAGCCAGGUGGUUUUGUGUAUGACAUUCAUAUUAAUUUAUUUUGUGGUUGUGUAAGCAAAAUUAUGAAUGUGAGUUUCUUUCUUUUUCGUUUGCACAUGGUGGAAUUUGUGGUCUGUAGUUUUCUUGAUUCUGGCAAUUCUAUUCAUAGAUCUUGAGUGCCUUGUCAAAUAUAUGUUAGAUUUGUCUA